UGUUGGGGAAGGGAGAUGCUACUAGCCAAUGAAUUCACAGUAGGCGGAACCUAGUUGUCUAUUUUGUGGAAUAAUGUGUUGGAAAAAAUAGAGGUCAUAUUUCUGUCAAAUUUUCCGAUUUUCUAAGCAGCCAUGUGAUAUCCAAUAUCUCCGGGCACGAUCAUGGCAUAAAAAAUCCCUGCCUGCUCUCUUCACACAGACAUAACUGCAUUAUAUCAAACUGGAAAUUCCCCAGACUGUAACCAUGGUGACGCCUUGCGCGUACCGUCGAUAUUUACAUCCUGUUGUAGGUCCACUAUCACCUACUGGUUAUUCAUUUUAAUGAAGCCAAAUGAAUAUAGAUGAUAUACUCGAUGCAUGUCAAACCAAGAAGUGGGAGUCGUUAAAUAUCAGUCACCGUGGUUUAGUUUUACUGCCAGCUCGCAUGUCAAAGCUGGUGACUUUAAAGAAGUUGUUCCUGAACAACAACCGUCUUAUUUUACCCCCUGAAGAGAUUAUUCACCUUGUUCAGCUUGAAGAACUCAUCCUGGAUCAAAACCAGCUGACUGUACUUCCUAAUAACAUCAGCGCACUGAAACACCUGACAUACCUGGGAGUAAACCACAACCCACUCUCUGUCCUCCCUGAGGCUUUGGGAGAACUCGGAGAACUCAAAGAGCUUUGGGCAAUAAACUGCGGACUCAUUUCCAUCCCAGCAUCUAUUGGCAAACUCAUCAAAUUGCAAAAACUUGGUCUGAGUAACAAUUCCAUCACAACUUUGCCACCUCAGUUUGGUAACCUCAUAAAUCUGAAGUGGUUGAACUUGGCUGAUAAUAAAAUUGAAGAUGUACCAGAAAAUUUGAGAAACUUACAGUCGCUAGUCUUCGUCAACUUGAAUAAAAACAACUUCAAAAUGGUUCCAGUGGCACUCACAGAAAUGCAAAGUCUUCAGGUUCUUCUGAUUAACUUCAACAGUAUUACCUCACUAGGGGAUGAUUUAGUCCUUGGUUUCAGCAGACUUAUAAAACUUGACCUCAGACAGAAUCCAUUAAUGCACAGACCACAUCACUGGAAGGGUCUGGAUUUUAUAUUGCUCGGCAGCACAGAAACUGCAAUGGAUGAUAUAUGAUCAACACACAAUAAAUUUGAAUUGUCCAGUGUUUGGUUUUCACAUGAGUAUUUAUGACAGAAGGAACUACAGUGAAAGAUAUACUGUAUAAUUAACACACAAUGGAAUACAAACAAGUCAUUUUAUUGUGGUCAAAUAAAUCUAUCUUCAAUUGGUCAGGCAGGAUUCUUCAUUCUUUUCUGAUGAAGGUAUUCAUCUUAAAAAUAUACUUACUGAAAACAGGUUAAAAUAUAACACCUAAGAAAAAUAGGUAAUUUAAUUAAUUUAAAAAUGUAAUUGAGGUUUCUAAAUUGAAGCAUUACAUUAUUAGAUAUAUAUAUACUGUGAGAGUGUCAGUAUACAGUAGAUGGUGCUGUACUGUGAGACACCAUUAGAACAUUAAAAGUUAUGAGCAGAUUGCAGUGCCUUCAUUUUAAAGCUGAUGACAAUAUGCAUAUAUUUCCGCAUCAAUGAUUACCUUUAUUGCAUUUUCAAAAGUAUAAUAUUUGUGUAUUGUACUCCUUCAUAUGUUUAAUGAUAAAAAAAGUGUUUAAAAUAUGACCAGAUGCACAACUGUACCGAUUUUUUAUUAGGCAGCAAACGAUUUACAUUGAAAAUACCUUCACUGUGAAGAUGCUGUGUACAAAUUAAAGUUAAGAAUAACGACACAAAUAACAAGACACUAUAUCCUAUAUCCUUUUUCAUUGAAAGCUGUUUAAAAGAAAAUGUCUAGCGGUGUUUUUAAUCCUAUGUGAAUCACACAUAUUUCUUUGUAAUUCUUUUAUAAAAGGUAUAACUAACAAUUCAUGUCAGUGCUUAUCAGAACAACAAAUACAUACUGUGAUAUACAGUCCAGAAAUCACCACCUGUACCACUUUUUUACAUAAAUAAAAGUGUUUUACAGCACAA